ACGAUAAUGUAUCGAAAUUGACGUUACAAAGAGUAAGAACAUAUGGAGGUUGAGAAGUUUCUUUUGUUGAAAAGGUAUCAAUUUGUAUCGUGCCAAUAACGAUGCAAGCAUCCGCAGCAUAUUCUUGAACGUUGGGGUUGAACGAACGAGUCUGGGGUGAAACGAAUCGAGGGGGUGGAAAAAGGGGGCGGUGGAAAGGGGAGUCUAUGAGGGUGGUAAAGUACUCGUCAGUCGUGUGACGCGUUUCCCGCGGACAACAUCGGUUAUAUUGGCGAUACGUUAAACCACAACCGCAUUUCCACUUUCCACGUGUUCCUCGCGUGUGUCUUAUGUGAUCUGAUUUCUAUUGGCUAUCGCAGGUCCGCGGCAACCUGUAUUAUCGAUCGAACGCGCUUUGCGCACGUUGCCGCAGUUACUCGUGGCACCGCCACCACUAUCACACGUACUGCACUAUCGUCUUCGUGUUAACGUGACAACGACGUGUGCCGAUUCGGCUCGAUUUCCGAUUUCUUUUCCGCACCGCGGUUACAUCUGUAUUUCCUACGUUGUAACGACGUUCUCUGUCAACAUCGUUUCUCUCUAUAUACAUCUUACGUGAAAAUUUCUGUCCAACCGCCAUGUUCCAUUUCAAAUUGUACGUUUCGCGCAUUGCUGAAAACAUUAACCAUUUGUUUGUGCCGAUUGUUGACAUAACGAAGUGAAUAUACGAAUCGGGAACAGUAGAGUAUUGUUUUUCAUAUAUUCAUGUUUUGAUGAAAUCAUUAUUUAAAAAUACUUUGAAAUCUCUUUGUAUUUUUAGUGAUCUCCAAUCGAUUUUGAAACUGUUUUAUCGAUGUUACAUACUCUCGAUUAUAUCUCGAUUGACUACCAAUGUGGCGCCAAAACGGAGAACAAAGCGUUACUUUUGCUACCACGUAGUAAAUAUUCGAACAUUUCAAAGUCAGUAUUGUUCAUAGUAAUUCGACUCAGUGCUUAUAACGAUAGAAUAGUCAGAAUGAAUUUUUGAACAAUAUAGAACAUAUUUGCGUUUCUAUGUGAUGUAAGUGAUUUUGUUAAAACGUGAAUGUUCCGUGAGAUUAUGGUGUUAUGGCCAACGGUAUUUCUACUUAACGUCUUUUUCUCCUCGUUUGUGAAUACUCACUCAUGGAAUCCUACUCCAGUAUCAUCGUUUUCAUGUUGUAAAAGGAAACGGACGAAAGAGGGUGGAAUGAGGAGAUUUAUCCGGUGACCUCGUGCCACGCGUGGUAAUGCUACUGGCAAGCGGUGCUUCGAUACCGACUAUCGCCGGUACCGUCGAGGAGGAGGAAGAAUAUGCACGUAGCGAGGCGAAUAGCGCACACUACGAUGGCUAUGUUACCGAUCAUACCGAUCUUGCUUCCGAAAUCGAUAUCGACGAAUCCGAAUAUAGACGGGAACUUCUUAACGACAAAUGGCGAAUACUGUUCGAUAAGUUUGAUCCCGAGGGUUUUGGUGAGAUACCGGUGGAGGAUUUUUUAGCGGCUUUAAAAAGUCCCGAAUGGGAGGCUGAGAUACCACCGAAUAAACGACAUAUUCUCCUCAUCAGAGCAAAGGAAUCACGUGUUCAAGCGGUGACGUUCCAGGACUUCGUGAAUGUGAUGAGUGGCAAACGAACUAGAAGCUUUAAAUGCGCGGUUCACCAUCGUGACCGUGAAGUCUGCUCCGAAAACGACUUUCAUCUGCUCGUGCACGAACCUCCUCUCUUUCGCAGGAUGGUCCGCAUGAUCGGCGAUGAAUUCCUUACGGAAGAAAGGGACCGCAAAUACUACGCCGACCAUUACAGGUGUUGUCCGCCGCCUCUUUUCAUCAUUCUCAUCACCCUUGUGGAGCUGGGUUUCUUCACGUAUUACACGGUGGCGAUGGGAGAGGUGAAUCCUUCGGGGCCAGUACCGAUCGACAGCGUUUUCAUUUACAGACCGGACAAGCGUCUCGAGCUCUGGAGAUUCGCGUUCUAUAUGUUCCUUCAUGCUGGGUGGCUUCACCUACUAUUUAACUUAGGAGUACAGGUGGUCGUGGGACUUCCCCUGGAAAUGGUUCACGGAAGUCUGAGGAUCGCGGCGGUUUACAUGGCUGGAGUUCUUGCCGGUUCUCUGGGUACUUCGGUGUUCGACACGGACGUGUAUCUUGUUGGCGCAAGCGGCGGUGUUUACGCCCUCCUCGCGGCUCAUUUAGCCAACGUCCUUCUCAAUUAUAAUAACAUGGAGUUCGGCAUUGUUCGAUUAAUAGGGAUCUUUGUAAUCGCGAGUGCAGACGUGGGGUUCGCGAUCUACGACAGAUACGCAGCCGAGCAAAUAGGCCCGCCAGUUUCCUACGUGGCGCAUCUGACGGGUGCAUUGGCGGGUCUGACGAUCGGUUUGUUGGUGCUGAAGAACUUCGAGCAGCGGCUCCACGAACAGCUUCUCUGGUGGGUGGCCCUCGGCGUAUACGCGGCCUGCACGAUCUUCGCGAUCAUGUACAAUCUCAUGCAUCCGGACUAUCCAUGACGCGAGGUCAGCUUCGCGUACGGCCAACCGCGAAAUUCGUAACGCGAAGCUGACUAACAAAUUGUCAAACUAACAAAGGAGGACACAGAAGAGAAAUGGAGAAGAAACAUGGAAGCUUGAGUCGAUCGAGAGGAUGGUUUAGAGAAACUGUUCUCUAACCUCGACGGAGAUGAGCGAAGAAAAAAAAAGAUUUUUCCAAACGUUUAGUGGAUUUUUUGAAGACGAAGAGAAAGAAGAUAAUGAAAGUCUGAACGUGAGAGAAACCUCUGUUUCCGAUUCCACGGCGGUCGCAGUGCAGAGCAAAGAGACGAUAAGAAGAUAUUUUUGAAUGAAAGAAAGUUGAACAUUGCACGGGACGGUUUUUCGAGUCGUGUACGGUGAACCGAAGUUUUUGAACGAACACGGCGAAGAAAAAUUAGAUGGGAAGGUUCGUUGUUUGCGAGACCGAAGAGUGAAAAGGAGAAUCGAUGAUAGCCCCUGUUGAUAAAUCGAACUUUCCAAGAGUUUGCUUUGAGGGGAGCUUGGAAAGCGAUAGAGAGCGAUGGCAGAUAUUUCGGAGAAACUGUAAGUAAAUGGUUAGCAAAACAGGACUACGAUUAGAAGGAAAAAUUAAUGAUUACGUAAUGCUAACAGCAAGAAAGAGAAAUAAUUUUCUAAUCACUGGCAUUCGCGUAAGAGGAGAUUUUUAAAAGUAUAUUAAAAUUCAAAGGAAAUCGAAGGAUGAAUAUUUUAGCUACUUUGAUCGAACUUAGUCGUCAGUACAAAUUGAAAGAACAAGGAAAAUGAAGAUAUUCGAAGGAGCCGUGACACUUGACACUCGUUGAAUGUGCAAACUUGAAUGAAUAAAACGAGAAGCAAGAAAUAAGAGGGAAAAAUACAAAUAAAAACGAGAGAGCAGAAACAAGAAAGACAAAGAACACAGACCGGAAAGAAAACACUGUGCGACAACAAAUCUCAUUAUUUUCGAAUACAAUUUUCGCGAGAUAGUUCCCUUAUUCGUCGAAAUAUAAUUAAAACGAUAUAAAUAAAAAAUUACUUUCGUGUCUCUCUCUCCCACGUCGGGACAAAUUCAACAGCGCAUAGGAUAAUUAAAUAAUUAAUUCAUUAAAAUACCAGCUGGAAAAUUCCUUUCGCGCAUACACGUCAUGGUUCGCAUCGACUUUACCUAUCUUCUCCAAGUCGAAGAUCGCAACUACGAAAGAACGAAUCUGUCACGGAGAAGAUAAUAAAAGAAAUCGAAAAAUUUGAAUGAUACAACCGAUCCCUUCCCCUCGAGCGUCAGCAAUUUCCUACUUUCCCGGUGAGAAACCAAAGAUUCGAGAUACCUCUGGGAAUCCGUUUACGGGACCCAAAUUGUCGUUCGAAUUACGAUAACCACGAAAACUCGCGAUUCAUCGAGCAGAGAGAGUGAGAGUGAGAGAGAGAGAGGGAGGGAGAAAAGAAAUGGAAAGGAAUGGUAUAAGAAAAGAAGAGAAGAACGAUGAGAAGAAGAAAAAAAAUCUUCGUUUAAAGGAUUCGUUUCGGGGGGUUGGGAGGGGGGAGCGGACGACACGAGCGUAGAAGGAGACGCGAUUCUUCUUUCCGGAUUAUUUUCUCGCUUAUCGGCCGCUUUCGUGGCACGAAGAAAACCAAAGAAUCCUAGCGAACAACCUCUUUUGUCCUUUUCAAUUUCACUUCUCGAACGAAGACGGACGACAAGCGGAGAACAACGGAGAUAGAGGCGAAAAGAUGUUCCGGAGGAAGCCUUCGCGAUGUCGAGGGAAACAAGGUGUCCAGAUACAAGAAACCAAGAGGAGAAGCAAGGGGGGACGAUCGAUCGUCUCUCCGGUCACGAAGAAAACGAAAGAAGAAUGGUCUUUUCGUCGCUAUUCGGGAAUCGAUCCUGGUAGCAACGAUCUUUCUCGGCAAUUGAACGGAACGUCGUGCAAAUGAAAAAAACCAGCAGAUUAAAGAAUCGAACGUCUCCUACCGGCGUCUUCUCUUACGGCUGACGAUCGCAAGGAUUUGCCUUGGUCGUUGGAAAAUUCGUACGUUUAACGAAGUUGAAUCCUACCAAACACGAUGAUCUUUGUUUACUAAUAAUAAUAAUAAUUAAUAAAAAAAGAACUUCAACGUUCUUCGUUUCAAAUACGUCUCGAGGCGCGAAAUUCGAACAGCGACCGCGCACCGCUUCCUUUAGUUAUCUUCGGGGCAUUUACGUAAUUAUCACGAAACGCAGUGCUCGUCGAGAUGCGUUUUUAAGAGAGAGAGAGAAAGAGAGAAAAGAAAAACUGGUUCUGUUCUUCAUCUUCUACCGACUGCCGAACAUCCACGAUCAUCACCAAGGUGCGAUCAAGAUGUGAUCAAAGCUGUCUCCUCCAGCGUGUUUGUGACCGAGCGAUCGAUUGGCGCUCUAAUCUGUAUACCAUUGUAAAUAAUUCUGUACAUAAUCAAAACUGCGGACAUCCCGCCAUGUGUAUGUACGAGUGUGUGUGUGUGCGUGUGCGCGAAAACGAAUGCGAAAAUAUAAUAUAAGCGCGUUGGACCGAAGUGAAUCUCGGUCGACCGCGCGGUCUAGUCUGAUAAUCGCGAGAUUGCGUGGUUGCUCGUAUAAAACAAGAGAACGAUAAGAGAGAGAGAGAGAGAGAGAGAGACAAAUAAGAAACGAAUAUCAAGUAUUUUGAAUUUGGUGUUUCGCGAAGUAACAAGAUUCUCUUAGAAAAAUUUGCUUAAGAAGAUACGAUGAGAAUUCGCGAGUUUUGUGAGGCAGCUUUCUCGAGCUUUGUCCAUAUUCUAUGUCCCUGUUCAUAUUAUAAUUUAGUAACAUGAUUUAUCGUCGAUCUAAAAUUCAAGUUUCGUUAGAGGAGAGUUUCGAAGAACGAGCUUAGGCCCAUUCGAAGAAAGAAAAUCAUCGAACAGCGAAACGAAGAAGCUUGCUUGAAUGAUCGAAGAAUAUCGUUGCGAUUUUCACGAGUUCUUCGUGAAACAGAUGUGUUCACUCUAUAAAGGCCCAUUUGUAAUUAAAUUGCGUAUAAUUGUAAGGUGGUUGCGUUAUGGUCGACUAGUUGUACCGCGAAUCUUUGGAAGCGCGUGUUUUUCGCUUUUUUCUUAACUUAUUUGCUUAUUCUCGUUCUUCGUCGCGCGUAUAUUCCUAGUAAAUACGAAAGCUUCUAUUUAUUGAUACUUUCUCGUCGAUAAAGGUGUGCCGAUGAUUUCGUCGCGACUUGGAUCUCCUCGAGUCCGCUCCAUUCGUUAAUCCACGUCCUCUUUUUCUCUUCUUUCUUAUCCAUCGGUCGACUCACACACGAGGAAAUAUUCUCAAUUUAUUUUGCUUUUCCAUUUAUCGAUCGAUUCUUUUCGUUAUAAUUUCCGAACUAUUUUCAUUUCUUAAACGUAAAUGAUACCAAAUUGGUUGAAAAUUUAGGAAGAAAGAUAUUAACGAGUAAAUCGAGAAUUAUUUCGUUGCGACGUUGAGUUUCCUUUGGUUCACGAAAACUAAUCGUCCGCGCGAGUUUCGCGAGAUAAAAAGAGCGAGAGAAAGGAAGAGGAGGAAAUUCGUACCAAAAAGUCGAUGGCGAAAAGGCGAACGAGUUCAAACCGAGAGUGAUUAACGAUGCUAGUCAAUUAGUAGCGGCAGCAGGCAGCUAAGGCAUUAAGACAUUGUCGGAGAACAAUUUUCCUUCUUCUUCUUUCUUUUUUUUUUUUUUUUUCGUUUUGAAACGGCGAGAUACGGCUCGAAAAUUUACUUUAGAACAACGUGGUGAUUCGUCGUUCAGAUUUCUGACGUGUUUCUUCCGAUCGAUUACGCUUACAAAUAAUCGUUAGAUAGCAUCAAUAGUUGAUAACUCGACAAUUACGAAGAUUGAACUUUCACCGUAUAUCGUGACAAUCGCCAUUAGUGGAAUUUUCUCGUGUUUUCAAUUGAAACGCAUUAUGUCAGAAAUCAUGGAAAAAUAUCGAAUCACCGAUUUCACCAGCGAUUUGAAACACGUCGUCCUAACGAUUUUGACUUCAAAUCGGACAGCAGAAUAUUAUUAUCGAAUAUUAAUGCCAGUCCUCCAGUUCCACGUUUAUUUAUUUUAAAGAGCCGGCCAAAAUGUUACCUGCGAGGCAAAUAGAAAAGUUCCGCUCGCGACAUAGUCUAACUGUAUCAGCAUAAUUAAGGCGUGACGACGAGAGAUUUAUACAGUCACGAACGCGUUGUAUCCGUUAAAUUAUUUCGCGUGUUAACGUUAGUGACUAAAACACGUGUUCAAGUCGAAGAAGUUUAAGUGUCGAAUUCGUUUAAGUAUCGUUCGAUUCUGCCCUUUUCCUUUACAGCCUCGAAGAAAACGGAGGGAGAUCAUCGAACAACGUAUAUUAUUUUCACAUGUUUUUAUUUAUUUAUUUAUUUAUUUAUUAUUUCGUUUUAUUAAACGGCGCCCGAGCCAGCUAUCGAACGCCUGAUACGACGAACUAAUCCGAAUAUUCGAUAUCGAUAGAGAAUCCGUGGUUAGAUACACGAAUAUCUAUCACAACGACAGCGUUUUCGUUUCGUUCUCGACACUUGAGCGGCUUCGAAUUCGCGUACCUCGAAAUUUGUAGCAGCGCUACACGCGCCCCGACACUAGUAUUAGUUCUUGUUUAAUUUCUAUUACCGUUGCUGGGCAUUGUUUGUUUCGAAUUCUGCUUUUAAUUGAUGCAGUUUCGCCUCCUGGAACGCGCGCCUCUCGGAUAACGGAAGCACAGACGUUUCGAGGAGGGAUCAUCCUGCUCGUUUGCGGAAUAAUUAACGAGCAGAAUUGAAAUCUUCUCUGCUUUUUCUUUUCUUCCCAGUCUCGAGAGGUUUAGGUUUUAAGUUAAUUUUUUUGAUGAACUCGACGUUUCGAUGGGCGAACCAAACAAUUGUACCUACCGUGAACAACGUCCACUUUCUGUACCGCUGUUUUUAAAACGAAAUUUUAACGAAACAAUUCAUGAAACACGCGUCUCGAACCGGCGUGCUGCGUCGAGGCCGCCUCGAGGCUCGAAGAUCGUCGGGAUCAUUGAAACGAGCCUUUCUGUCGAACGUACGAAUCACAUACAGUAGAACUUCGUUUGCUCAAACUUGUCAGAAGGCAAGAAAUUUACGUAAUUGGAGCAAAUGUGAUGAGAUUCUUCAAUUUGUUCAUUAAUCUUCUAUCAUUAGCUAUUUAUUAUUAUAGUAAAAGUUCAUUGGGUUCAUGUUCAGGUAAACACAUUCAACUGGCAGAAAUUUAUUUAAUCGCGUACCAACUGAAAUGAGAUUGACCGACUGAAAUUUGAAAUUUCGUGUAAACGAAAUAAAAGUUCGUGUAAACGAAGUUCUAGCGUAAUUGGAACUCAACGAAUGAUCGUUAGAAUGAUUGCAAAAUAUGAAAUGUCGAGCAGUGAGAUUAAAUUUCCAAGUAUAUCCAACGUUUAUUGUAAUGCAUGUGAAAAAUUUGAUAUAUUUCAUUUCAAGACUGAAUUUGAUCGAGAGUGAUCUAACUUGAGAAACGUAAGACGGCAAAUCACGAUCAAACUGUUAGGAAUUAAAACAGUUCUGCGUAAAUACGCUCUUUCCAUGCGAUUUGAAAUAUUCAAUAGCAUCUCUUUCAUUGUAUCGUAAGAAGCACAAUUUUUGUGUAAUUUCGUGAUUCACAAUUUUCAAAUAAUUCGUCUAGUCGAAGAAAAUUGUUUAUGUAAUGCGCGCCGCUGCUCGUAAUAAUCGUCAGCGAAAACGAACGAGAGAAAUCGAACGAUCGCUUGUGAUCUUCUGGCGAUUAUACUUUAUUGCGCUAAUUAAUUUUCUAAUAAUUGGACUGUGGAUAUUUGUGCAAUUGUGAGAAAUUGAAAUAUGUAAGAAGUUUACAGAACUCGCGUGAUGUACAAAAAUAUCAGAAAUAUCCAAAGUAUUCGUGAUAAUAUUUAAAGCAUAAAUUAUUACCUUUCGUUUAUUUUGAAAUAUGAAUUUCAAAAUAUGAAUUUGCAUAAGCAUUCGCAGUCUAACGUAUGUCAACGCGUACAAGGGAAAGACGUCCUUUUCAGUUUCAUACAAUUAGCUUCGUAUAAUUAGUCGAUUUUGUAGCCACGAAUGUUCGCUUUCACCUAAUCGAGUCAGGACAGGUUCCUCGCGAGUUUAAAACAAUUGUAACGCGAUGAUGAUUUUAAAUCAAAAUAAGGAAAGAAGGAAAAAAACGAUAAACAAAUAAUUCCAGAAUAGAGUUUCUCUUGGAACGAUAGAGACAAGUACAAACUUGCCCUCUGUUAAGCCUCGUUGAAAUUAGUCAAAUUACUUGAAUUCAAAUGAUUUCAAGUUUAACGAAGACCACAGAAAUAAUAAGAAUAAUUCUACUUUUCUUGGUUUUCUGUUUUUCGUGUUACUCUUAAACGGAUGUACUUUGAUACGAAAUAUGAAAAGAAAAUAAUUAGGUCCAAUUCCACGAAAAAAGACAAAGAAACGAUAGUACCUAUUACAACUGUACUUAAUUUUUAAACCAAACGAGGAAACAAUUUUGAGAUUGAUCGACUGUUUAACAGAAUUUUGAAAUUGUUUCUCCUGUAAAUGGUGGAAGUAUGAUUUAUCAUAAUUUUACUGUGUUGUCUUCAAUUGACUUGACCAUGAGAAAUUCUAGUAACUUGCCCAAUCCGAACGAUGCUUUGAACGAAAUUAAACACAUUUAUCUUAUACAUCACUCGGGUGAAUUAGCCGAGGAAAAAAUUGUUCGUUUAGUGUAUGGUCGAUGGAUAUCUUCUCUUCGUUAUUUAUUUAUUUAUACCAUUGAUAAUGUACGGUCAGUCAUGAAACGUUCACAAGCCAAAGAGGCGGAGCUAGUAAAAGCGAAAAUAGGCCUGAAAGGUUACUUUCCGUGCGACUAUUGAUAUUAUCGUUGCUGUAGUCUUGUUACUUAUUAUUAUUGUAUUAUUAUUAUUAAUAUUAUUAUUAUCGACUUAGAUAAUAAAUUAUUCUUAUUACCGUCAUCGUUUAAAUAAACCUCGCCAGCGCCAUCGUUAGUCAGCUCGUUUCGUCGCAUUCGUUCAUUGAUGUCUCCGUGUGCAAGAUUUCGGAUUUUUCCGGUGCGCGUGGGGAAUGAAAAUGAAAGACAAAGGAUCUUUUGUAAAUUGUAUAAAAGAAAAAACAAGAAGUAGCAAAAGUGUAAAAGGAACGCGAGAAAUGUGCGAAAAUAAAAUUUUUGUGAAGAA